CUGAGGCUUUUUUCAUUUAACGUCAGAUCAAGUUUGACCACCACUGGCCCGCGCCGCGACGGGUCCAAUCGGAGUUCAAAUCAGCUCCUUCUUCCCCCCACCAGCCCACCCCUCCUCUCUCUCUCUCUCUCUCUCUCUCUCUCUCUCUCUCUCUCUCUUAGUUGCAAAAAAUGCUCUGCAGCUGGGCUGCACCUCAAUGAACCUAAUUGGUGCACUGUGAGCGACCAUCAUCUAUCCACUGGAUUUCCAUUGCGCCCGGCUUUCAUCCAGAACAUAUGAAUUUGCUUAGACAGACCCUUUUAAGGAGUUGAACAGAUAGGUCGGAGAAAAUGGCACAACGCGUGGUUUUGUUUCUACUGUGGCUCUGUGACAGAUCAUUCGCAGGAUUUCCCAAUCAGAUUAAUAUCGGGGGACUGUUCAUGCGUUCCACGGUGCAGGAGCACAGCGCGUUCAGGUUCGCUGUCCAACUCUACAACACCAACCAAAACACCACUGAAAAGCCUUUUCACCUCAACUACAAUGUCGACAACCUCGAGUCGUCCAACAGCUUUUCGGUCACCCAUGCGUUUUGCUCCCAGUUCUCCCGUGGGGUGUACGCCAUCUUCGGAUUCUACGACAAGAAGUCCAUGAACACCUUGACCUCGUUCUGUGGUGCUCUGCACACCUCCUUUGUCACACCCAGUUACCCCACCGAUAAUGAGGUGCAGUUUGUCAUCCAGAUGCGCCCCGCCCUCCGGGGUGCUGUCCUCAGCCUCCUCUCUCACUACAAGUGGCAGAAGUUCGUCUACCUCUACGACACUGACCGAGGUUUCUCUAUACUGCAGGCCAUCAUGGAGGCAGCGGUGGCUAACAACUGGCAGGUGACCGCCCGCUCUGUUAGCAGCACAACAGACGCAGCAGAGUUCAAGCGCAUCAUUGAGGAGAUGGACAGGAGGCAGGAGAAGCGCUACGUGAUUGACUGCGAAGUGGACAGGAUCAACACCAUAUUAGAGCAGGUUGUGACCCUGGGGAAGAACAGCCGUGGUUACCACUACAUUCUGGCCAAUCUUGGAUUUUCUAAUGUGAGCUUGGACAAAGUCUUCGCCGGUGGAGCCAACAUUUCAGGGUUUCAGAUAGUCAACCCUGAGAACCCGAUUGUGCAGCAGUUUAUGCAGCGCUGGGAACGGCUAGAUGAAAGAGAAUUCCCAGAAGCCCGAAACACUCCUCUGAAGUACACUUCAGCUCUGACUCACGAUGCCAUCCUGGUGAUAGCAGAGGCCUUCAGGUACCUGCGGCGCCAACGCGUGGAUGUCUCUCGCAGGGGCAGCGCUGGGGACUGUCUGGCCAAUCCCGCUGUACCUUGGAGCCAAGGCAUCGACAUCGAGAGAGCUCUCAAAACGGUCCAAGUGCAGGGUAUGACCGGGAACAUUCAGUUCGACAACUACGGCCGCAGGACCAACUACACCAUAGAUGUUUAUGAGAUGAAAACAGGUGGGCCGAGGAAGAUUGGGUACUGGAACGAGUACACGCGAUUUGUAAAUAUUAUGGACCCGCAGGUCUCCAACGACUCCUCAGUGGAAAACCGAACGAUUGUGGUCACUACUAUUAUGGAAGCUCCUUAUGUGAUGUACAAGAAAAAUUAUAUGCAUCUGGAGGGGAAUGACAGAUAUGAAGGCUACUGCGUCGAUUUAGCAUCUGAGAUUGCCAAACAUGUUGGAAUUAAGUACAAACUGUCUAUAGUAAUGGAUGGGAAGUACGGAGCCCGAGACCCCGAGACCAAGACGUGGAACGGGAUGGUGGGUGAACUGGUCUAUGGGAGAGCAGAUAUAGCUGUUGCACCUCUCACCAUUACUCUGGUUCGAGAGGAGGUGAUAGACUUUUCCAAGCCGUUUAUGAGCUUGGGCAUCUCCAUUAUGAUAAAGAAGCCCCAAAAGUCCAAGCCCGGCGUUUUCUCCUUCCUGGACCCACUGGCCUAUGAGAUCUGGAUGUGUAUAGUGUUUGCCUAUAUUGGGGUGAGCGUGGUCCUGUUCCUGGUCAGUCGAUUCAGUCCUUACGAGUGGAACCUCGAGGAACAGGACGAGACCAAAGACCCCCAGACUCCCCCUGACCCGCCCAAUGACUUUGGCAUCUUCAAUUCCCUCUGGUUCUCACUGGGCGCCUUCAUGCAGCAGGGCUGUGACAUCUCACCCAGGUCCCUGUCAGGCCGUAUCGUCGGUGGUGUGUGGUGGUUCUUCACCCUCAUCAUCAUCUCCUCCUACACAGCCAACCUGGCUGCCUUCUUGACAGUGGAGAGGAUGGUCUCUCCCAUAGAAAGUGCCGAAGAUCUGGCCAAGCAGACAGAGAUAGCAUAUGGCACUCUGGACUCAGGCUCCACAAAAGAGUUUUUUAGGCGAUCCAAAAUAGCAGUGUAUGAGAAGAUGUGGUCAUACAUGAAAUCCGCUGAACCCUCAGUUUUUGUUAAGACCACGCCCGAUGGCGUAGCCCGGGUACGAAAGUCAAAGGGCAAGUUCGCCUUUCUCCUCGAGUCCACCAUGAAUGAGUACAUCGAGCAGCGGAAGCCAUGCGACACCAUGAAAGUGGGCGGGAACCUCGACUCGAAAGGCUACGGUGUGGCGACACCCAAAGGCUCAGCAUUAAGAACUCCUGUAAACCUUGCAGUAUUGAAACUCAGUGAACAAGGCAUCUUAGACAAGCUGAAAAACAAAUGGUGGUACGAUAAGGGUGAAUGUGGAACCAAGGACUCUGGAAGUAAGGACAAGACAAGUGCUCUCAGCCUAAGCAAUGUGGCUGGUGUCUUCUAUAUUCUGGUUGGAGGGCUGGGGCUGGCCAUGAUGGUGGCUCUGAUAGAGUUCUGUUAUAAAUCACGGCAAGAAACCAAACGGCUGAAAUUGGCCAAGAAUGCCCAGAAUUUUAAGCCGGCUCCCCCGACCAACACCCAGAACUUUGCCACAUACAGAGAAGGCUACAACGUAUACGGAACCGAGAGUGUUAAGAUCUAGAGGUUUAGGAAACAUUUGCAUUGUCCCUUACAACUGUGACUAAACAUCUAUGAAAGGACAGGAUCACGGGGAUUCGAGCUCCAAGCCAAAUCCUCUCGCGCGGAUACACGGCACGAUAAUCUGCAAUGACGACACGACUGGACUGGUCACGGGAAGAGCCGACACGGUUCCUCUCCUCUCAGUGCCUUAUGGAACUCCCGAGUCCAAUCAAUGCAACUCAUUCACAAUGAUAUUGCUUUUUUUUGCUUGAAACUCAUACAAAACAGAAGAAUGGUGCAGUGAUAAAAAGAACAUAUAUCUCUAUAUGUAAUACAUUUGACAUGUUACAAUGAAUGAGAUAACUAAAGCCAUCAUUUGCAACCCUAAGCACAUUUUGAAGUGCCAGACAGACGACAAAUCUUAUAUGACAAGUGUCUAAUUGGUUUCUUGUAAUCAGUAUGAUCAGAUUACUCUUCAUCCUUCUGCUGCCAGAUUUUCACUGGUUAUAUGUGUUCAGAUAAGUUUAUUAGAUCUACUCAGUGCACUGUAAGACACUGGUUAUCAGAUGAUAGCUUUUUUACUGCUGUAAGUCACUUACACGGUGACCUUGUACUCAUUUUAAAAGACAGAUUGAUCUCAUUGGAGCGAAAUGCCAUUCAGCCCAAAACAAUGAUGAGUGUGUCGUUUGUACUCUAAAACUCUGGUGCUGCUGCCACUGUCUUCUGAACGUUUGACGGGACUCACGGAGAUGAGAAGAUGAUCUGGUUGGCUUUUGCGCGCUGCUGAACCAGAUCAUGAUUCGCACUUCCAAUACUGCCAAGAGUGUGUUUUGUAUGACAAAAAAAGUGUGUAAAGCAAAGUAUUCAUGCUUGAUUUAAAAAAAAAAAAGAAUAAUAAAAAAUCUGUUUGUGAUUCACAGUUUGUAAAAUAUCAAAGGAGCCACUGAGUCGCUAAGGUUCACAGCUCCAAACAGUUUCUCCCUGAAGUCUAGAGUCAUUCAAGUCUUCUGUACAUGAAAGUAAAACCAAACAAAAAGGGUAAUUCAAUUGUAGAUUAACUGCAAUCCAAUUAAAGGAUAACAGUAAUGGCUUUUAAACUGUAGUAUUUUGGAUUACCUGACCAUUUUCUUUUAACAAUUGCACAUUUUACAAUGAGCUGUGGUUUGCUUUUAAUUUGAUUUCCUUCAAUGAGCAUUACAGUGUUUGGUGACUUCACUUAGUAAAUGAAAAUGAAAAAUAUAUGAAUACAAUGAAAAAUAGAUUUAUACAAGGUUAUACCAGGGAGACUCCUGAAGCUUAGCACAUUUCCAUAUUGCUGUAAUAAUUUCUUUUUCUUUCAAAAAGACUGUGAUUCCAUAGGAUUUAGGACGAUACUUAUCUAAUCACCUGAAGCUAUGGGCAGAUAGUUUUAUAUGAAAAAAGAAACUGAAAGAGAAGAAAAAGAAAGAGUAACUUGAGAAGUGUGUACAUUUAGAUAAAUGAGUUAUUUAUAUUACAUGAUGGUUUCCCUUUUUUGUUUUUGUUUUUUCUAAGAAAUUGCAUGUGAAAUCAGUGAUGCUUGACGAGCUCUGCUACUCACAAACUGACCUUAGGUUAACGUUAGAAAUCCAGCCCUGGUUAUUCUUUUGUAAAUCAGUUUCACCUUCUUUUUUUUUCUUUUUUGUACACCUCACCUUCUGCAAAAACGAAAACUCGCCAGGCAUAGUAGUGGGUACAAAAGAGCAAGAGAUGCAUGCAUAAUUUGCUGAACCUCAUUAGUGAGGCGCUGUACAGAGAAUUUUAAUACAUUUUGUAAAUAAAAUGUACAGAAAGUU